AUGUCUUCCACGAACACAACGAUACCGAGCAGCAGUAGCACGGCGCUGCCCAACGCGACGACGACGGCGGGCGGCGCCAACUCGACCACGCCGGCCGUCAAUUUCCCGCUCACCAUCACGGCCGACACGAGCGUCAAGCAGUGCGGUUACCUGGAUUUUCGCUGGACCGGCUCAGCCCCGCCGUUCACCUUCUACCUGCUCAACUCUAGCCACAUCGAGGCCUCGCUCAACUUCACUAGCGGGCGCGUGAACUCGUCGAGCUGGAUCAGGGCGCGCUACCCGCCCGCGACGAACGUCAACCUCGUCGUUGUCGAUGCGCAGAACGCGCGCGCGACCAGCAACCCCGUGCAUAUUCUCGAGGGGACCGACGCCUGCAUGCCCUCCUCGUAUCAGUCGCGGCCGGCAGCGCGGGGCCCGUCGGCGGGCACGAUCGCCGGCGCCGUGUUUGCCGGCGUCUUCCUCCUCUGUAUCUUCUACUGCGUCUGCCGCCGGCGCGUAGUCGCCGCGCGGUACGCGCACGCCGAGAACGCCCGGCGUGCAGCGCGCGCAGCAGAGGUGCCCACGACCGACCCCGAGAUCAUACGUCUCAACUCGCGCGCACGCGAGCGCGAGCGCGAGCGCGACCAGGAGGAGAACGUCGCGCUCAUGAGCGCCGCUGCUGCGCCCGCGCGGCCGGCACCGCCACGCCGGCUCACCGGCGAGCCGGACCCCGACGACGUCGCGCCGCCGUACUCGCCUGCCGACGCGACAAAGUACCCCCCUCCGCCGAUAUACCAGGGGAUGGGAGCGGCAGCCAUGUCGGUCCGCCGUCCUGUGUACGGACGGACGACGGUGAUCCUCAAGCUCCAGGGGUCCCGUGCUGCCAAGAAGGCGGUCAGUACCGCCCCGACUUGA